CGCCGUGGCGGCCCGGCGUUAAGGCGAGCGCUGCGAUUGGCCGAGUGUCCUGUUCCCGGCGUCCUCGAAGCACACGCACCGCACCGCCGAAUUUCCACAAGAAGCGGACCGCUCCAUGCGAGGACCAGUCGGGCUCUGGCCGGCAACGAGAUUACUCGUGCCAACUUACAACCACCUCGAAAGAGAGAGAGACACACACAGUGCUGUAUAGUCGCGCACCAAAACACCAAAAAGUUUCCUUCAGUUGCGAACUUCAUUCGAGAGCAGUAGGUAGUGUGCGCCGCCAGUGCAAAAACUUUUCUCCGUCAAGUUACUUUUAAUUCGUGAGUGUUUCGUUUUUGGUUGAUCAACGUAAACAAUAAAACUAAUAAAGUGUGUAUCCGCGCACGUUGUUCACACGCGAAGCGCGCGCAUCUACGUGUUAAGAUGGGCUAAGCGCUAGUUUAGACUUAAUUCUUGCGAUUUUCGUUUGUUGUGAUGUUAAUUAUCAGGCGCACGCGUUUCUUGCAUUUCGUUUUCAUUACUCCGCCGCCCGGACGAAGAACUGUUGACAUGUUAUGAUAUUAACAUAGUGCACGUUGUCUUUUUAUUUUUAAAAACUUUUUUUUAUUAUUUAAACACAAACACGCGCUCGAAAUUGAAGUAGACAUUUAUACAGUGCGGAAGAAAGAGACUUGAAUUAAACUACGAUUGGAUUCUGUGCGCGUGCGAUGGCUAACAACGUUCAACAGUAUCAACAGCCGCCGACACAACAACAACAACAACAGCAGCAGCAACAGCCAGGAAAUUCCAGUCCACAUCAUUGUAAAGAGUGCGGUCUGUAUUUGAACUCAGCGGAGAGUCUCGACGUGCAUCUACAGUACCACAAAGAGAAUUUAUUAAACAAAUGGGCGACACAAGCCACCGCGAGUGGUCACACCGACGAGACCAACAAUAACACCCCGCCGACAACACAAACGCAAACACAGACCAGCGGCCCAAAUAAGCCCAUCGUUAUUAAACGUGAGUUUAGUAAUACAAUCGCGGCCGCGGAUUCUUCCGAUGCCAUGAUGAAGAAGAGUCCUGAGUAUGGCAGUCGUGCUACUCCGGAGAUAAAUGUAAGUUUCGGGCAUCCGCCGACGCCGCAGAGUUACCACAGCGCAUCGUCGCCGUACCAAACACCAGACAAUUCGGCAUUCUCGCCUGGUUAUAAUAAUCAACCACAACAGCAGCAGCAACAACAUCAACAACAGCAGCAACAGCAACAGAGUUACCAAAGUUUUCAAGACGCGCAGUUUUACGGCAUGGAAGCUUACAACGCACAACAACAGCAACAACCCGGCCAACAACAAGAGUAUGUUGCUAAAAUGGGUCAUCAAAGCUACAGGUACCAUCCCUAUCAACAGCAUACAACCCAUCAGGUGACUAGUUCCAGUCCGGCCUACCCGCCACAACCGACCCCCUCGCCUAGUCCCAAACAAUGCGACAAGUGCGGGUAUGUGUGCGAGUCGGCCGCGCAGCUCAUCGAGCACCUGAAUGUCGCGCACCCUCCGACCCCAAACUACCAGCAGAAUCAUUUUAUAUUCGGCGCCGGGCAGGAGGUCGUCGUCAAGCAAGAGGAACCGGAUGUGCAGAGUGAAAUACUCGAUCUGGACUCGCACAAGGUCGUCCAUCAGGUGUACCCCGAGGAGCAGGACAAGCGAGUGCAGCCGGAUAUGAACGGACACAAUCCACAUUCUGUAAGUGCUAUGUUAAGUCCUUGGCCGCAACAGGGGCCGCCGCAAGCGCCGCCUCCGCAGCAACAGCAAAUGCAGUCGCCUAAGAUGUUCCAGGAGGUGUUUCCGCACAAGUUUCAUAAUCAGGUGCAAGUGCAGAAUGAGUUUAUCAAGCAAGAGUAUCCGACGAUGAUGGCUGAACAUGCUGCUGCGGCUGCGUAUCGGCCUUUUGAGCAUAUGCCACCGCAACCAGCAGCACCAAUCAUCACCAGCACGCAAGUUCCGAAUAAUCCGGUGCAGACUGCGCCGCCGACGAACUCCAAAGGCACCAAUUGGAAGUCUAAUGAAGCCAGAAGGCCUAAGACUUACAAUUGCACCGCUUGUAACAAAUGGUUCACUAGUUCUGGUCAUUUGAAGCGUCAUUACAACACAACGCUGCAUAAAAACGCGGUGAAGUCCAGCGGUCAGCCGGAUCCUGCCACGAUGCCUAUCAGUGCGCAUCAUCAUCCUGCGAGAGAUAGCGUAUCAAAUCGUGAGGAUCACUCAAAUAGUCCUGGUGAUGAUUCACGCAGCGAAGAUAGUAUGAACAACAGCUAUGAACGACCGGCGGUGAUGCCUGGCCUGCUGCAGCAACCACCAGCUGGACCUUAUGAUCGGCAGCCGGCUCCGAAUAUCGCGCACCAUCCACAUCCGCACCCGCUGCAUUCGCCGAUGGCGCCCACCUCACACCCAGCCAGUCCCCCAAACGGGGAGGCAGGCCUCUCAGCUUCCACCACCAACAUCGAUUCGAGGGGCCUGCUAUCAAUCAGCAAUUCACCGGCGAGCAGCCACCACAAUCAGCACACCACCAACACCAGCAGUCAUGGCUUCAGCCACAUCCCGCCGCCGGGGCACCACCACAUGAUGGCGGCGGCGGCCACUAUGGACAACCAGUUCCAGAUGUACCCAAACGAGUGUGCCCCCCACGCUACGCAGGAUACGGCGGCUACCAUCAACAGCCUCAGUACUACUGGUGAGCAACAAUCGAUUAUGAUGCUCCACCAGCAGUCACCAGCCGUAUUCGCUGUGACGGCACCGGCAUCAUCGCCAGGCCAGUCACAACCGUUGCCCAGCUUCGCCCAGUUUAACAAUCGUUACGGGCUCCUGCUGGGGUACAACGCGGCGAGCGUGGGGGGCCCGGGUCCGGCGACGGUCCCGUACUCCACCGCCACCACAACCUACUACACCACAGCUUCGUUACCGCCAGUCGCCACACCGGAAGACGGCGGUUACAAACUCACAGUACUCACAUCGGUGCCGAUCAUCGAUGAAGUCCCCUUGGAAGCGCAGCCGGCAUCACCGGAGAAGGCACACAUCAAGCGUGACUACGAAGAAACACCCACGGGUAGUCCACGCAUCACAUCCACCUCCGGCAACACCGCCAUCUCUCAAAUCAGCAAGGACGGCGUCCAUAAGUGCUUCGACUGCGACAAAGUCUUCAACAAGUCGUGCUAUCUCACGCAGCACAACAAAACCUUCCAUUCUGGCGACAAACCGUUCAAGUGCACGCGCUGCGGCAAACGGUUCAGCGUCGACGAGCAGUACCAGGAGCACCUCGCCAAGCACGCCGGCGACAAGCCGCACAAGUGCGAUCUUUGCCCCAAGCAGUUCAAUCACAAGACCGACUUAAGGCGUCACAUGUGUCUACAUACCGGGCAGAAGCCGUACGCGUGCGACAUUUGCCACAAGGGUUUCAUCCGCAAGGAUCACAUGCUCAAGCACUGCGAGACGCACUCGAAGAAGCUGCACGCCAAGGGUCAGGCGCAUCUUGUCCAGGCACGCGCUUAACACUACACACGACAACAACCGGUAAACAAAAGCAUAUUUAACCUGUACAUAUGAUUUCUUUCUGACGAUAACAACAAAUUUGCUCAAUAACUAAACAAAACUCGAUAACUAACAAAAAAAGAAAAUGACAAGCAAACUACAAACAGCAAUAUACCUCAGCCAUCUCAGUUAUUAAUUAUUACUAUAUCAAUAAUAUAAAUAUAUAUAAAUAUAAAUACAAUAUAGAUUUAUAAUAAACACUGCAGCAUAGUAAUAUUUAUAUGAUAGGGACAUGACGGAAACCAGAUGUGUCGUACAAUGUACAAAUUAGGACAGAUAGUGUGUGACGAUGCCAGUAAAAAAAAAACGAUUUUCGACAUUUUUGACAGCGUGGGUGGUAUAUUUUUACAAAAGCGGUGAUUUUUUUUCUUUUUGUGGUUUAUUAAAGAAUAUACUUUUGCUCGCUACGGGUUUCGUUCCUACCGAUGAUGUUGACAAAAACUAAACUAAAAUCUCCGAUUCAACGCCAAAAUAUUAAUUUAUUAGAACGCAAUAAUUCGGAAUGCAAACAAAGAAAAUGCGUGCAUGUGUGCAUGUACAUGUUUGUUGUUUUUUGAAAGUGUAAAUAUAAUCUAUUAUAUUAUGAGAAUUUAACUAAUUAUAUAUUAACUAUGGAUAAAUUUACAAAGAGAGCGUGUGCGCGCCUGCGCACACCCUGCAAUAUCGUAAAUGAAGCAAAAGACAAGCAACAAAAACAAGGCAGCCAUUUUGUGUGACGCAACUACCUCAGUUUGAAACUAAACACAAACAAACAAUGAUCACUAGCCAAAUACUGUGUUUUUUUUUUCUUCUCUGUUUUUUACUAAUGAAGAAAUCACUAUCAAUGGAAAUAUUUGAAAUAUUGCGCAAAUGUGAAUUAAAGUUAAAGUAAAUAGGGUUGGAAACAAAAUAAUAAUCAAUUAUUAUAAUCGUAGUCGGCUCGCUUGUGAUUCUCCUUUAUUAAACAAUACAUUCCUUAAAAAUAUUAAUAAAAAGUGUUGACUAAUCGAAGGAUUUUAAAAAUAAUGAAUUUUUAACUGUUUUUCUUUUCUUUUACGCAAUAAACAAAGAAAUUAUUAUUGUAAUUUAAAAUUCUUCGGUCAGAUCAACAAUGACACGAUUUAGAAUGAGGAAAAUCACAAGCGAAUAUACGACUAGUAAAUUAGUGCAAUUUUUAUGUAUAAAAAAAUGAGAAGUGAAAAACUUUUAAAGAAACUUUUGUCCUCCCUUGGAAAACUCUUCUUCCACUUGUUCUAUUUCUUAUUAUAUUGUAAGUACAACCCUUUGAAAUAAAAUUGUCUUAAGAUACUUGUUUCACGAUGAUUUGAGAUGAUUGUGUGAAGAAAAACAAACAUUCCGCCGAUUUUUGAUAUUUUUUAUUAAUUUGUAUCUAUUAUUUUUGUUUGUUAAAUAAUAUGUAUGUAAGAUGAACAAUUUGAUAUUUGAAUUGUUAGUUACCAAUUUGUUUGUGUAGUUAAAUUAAUUAUUACCUAUGAAGAUAUUAAACAAAAACCACUAUUGAAACAAACAUUCUUUUUGUAAUUUAUUCGGUUGGGUAUGCAACCAACACUACAAAUACGAAAUCAUAUCCAGAGUGUCAAGGAUAAACUAAAAUAUCACUAAGAAUUGUUUAAGCCAAAUCAUGUGCCACGAAAUGUAUAAGUUUAAUUGAUUGAUUGAUUGGAUUUGUUAAGACUGAUUAUGUUUUGUUCUUCUUCUUUGUUUUGUUACACGCGUGUAACACUACAUAAAUGUGAAUUCCGUGCCAAAAUUUGCGUUUUCUGUUCUGUCGACGAUGAUGAUAAUUGUAAUUUACUUAGAUUUGUAUUCGUUUUUUCUAAGGCGUUUGAUGAGUUGUUGAUGUUUUUUGGUUGUGAUUGGCAGGAAAUGUCGUUCUUUGCAAUAAUCGCCGACGACGACACGACGUGGCGGGGCGCGCGUGCGUCCUUAUCAUUAAAUUAAAUAUUGUUCCAGUUGUGAUUACUAGAUGAUAAAUUGAAUUCUAUUUGACAUAAUAGAGCUACCAGACAUUCCACACGGGGCGUAUAUUGUGUUGCGUAACGGCUACCCAAUGACACAUUAUAAUAUUAAGAUGAAAUAAUAAAACUAUUGGUUAUUAAAUGUAACAA